AUGCAGGGCAAUUGCUCCAUAGUCAUCAAGAAUGUCAAUAAGGAGAAUUCAGGAAUUUACAAGAUGAAAUUGUGGAAACGGGAUCGUCAGAUAGUUGUAGGCAGCGUGGAGUUUCAUGUAUACUCUGCCCAGCAAUUCAGUCUUGUAGCAGUUCCACCUAAUGCUGCUGUAGGGACUAACGUUUUACUAAAUGUCAUAAAUAUGCCGGACUAUGAGGUCUGUAACUGGUACGAGAAUGAAAAAUUUAACAUGCUCUCAAUGGGCAGCAGUGGUGAAGAUAGACCUGCUACACCUGGCGUUGGAUACGUAGAUAAAGUGGACAUGUAUAGAAACUGCUCCAUAGUCAUCAAGAAUGUCAAUAAGAAUGAUUCAGGAAUUUACAAGAUAAAAUUCAGGAAAAGGAAUUUUGCGCCACUUAUAGAGAGCGUGGAGUUUCAUGUAUACUAUCCAGUGACUAAACCCUCCAUCCAAGUCAACCAAACCAUAGGCAACGACUUUGUCUCUGUGUUCCUGAAUUGCCCGACGAAUGACAAUGAUAACUCCAUUCAGUGGUUCUUCAAAGGCCAGAGUAUGAAUAACACAAAUAGGAUGCGACUGGCCCAGAACAACAGAACCCUCGAAAUAAUCCCUGCCAGGAGGGAGGAUUCCGGGGACUAUCACUGUCAUAUAUCUAAUCCACUCGGUUCCAUGAGAAGUGACCCCAUCCAGCUGGACGUAAUAGAUCCAGUGACUAAACCCUGCAUCCAAGUCAACCAAAUCAUAGGCAACGACCUUGUCUCUGUGUUCCUGAAUUGCCCGACAAAUGACAAUGAUAACUCCAUUCAGUGGUUCGUCAAAGGCCAGAGUAUGAAUAACAUGAAUAGGAUGCGACUGGCCCAGAACAACAGAACCCUCGAAAUAAUCCCUGCUAGGAAGGAGGAUUCCGGGGACUAUCACUGUCAUGUAUCUAAUCCACUCGGUUCCAUGAAAAGUGACCCCAUCCAGCUGGACAUAAUAGGUGAGUGA